AUGGGGUCGGUAUCAUCGAAUCGGCAAGUCAAGAAGCCGAAUAGGGGAAAACUGAAGGGCUCCAAGGGUAUUCCCAAAAGCAGCACACUUCUGGAUAUACACGGACACCAAUUGCAAUUCCCUUUGAGCAAAUUGACCAAGGAUAUGGCGCAUGGCCCUACCAGGGAUAUGGAAAACUGGGUGCACCGGUCAACAGAAGUCCGUCGUCAGGAACCCAACAGAAACCAUGGGAAGGUCGCUAGACCCCUGAACUCCUUUUUACUCUAUCGAAAGGCCUACAGUGGACCAGCCAAGCAAUUGUUAGGGGAGAAAAACCACAGUAUAUUGUCAGUUGUGAUUGGCAGGAGUUGGAAGAUGGAGUCUCAAGAUGUCCGAUAUCUAUUUCAAAACCUGGCAAACAUUGACAAAAGGAAACAUAUGGAAGCACACCCUUCCUACAAAUACUCGCCAAAACCCAGACACGCGAGAGGAAACUCCCGUCGUGACGAUACAUCUCUCUGUGUCAUUGGCACUGGUGUGGCCACGGCCCAAUCUCGCCCGGAACUAGAAUUUUCUCCUGAUUGGACACAUGGAUUUAAUUAUCUAAGUACUACGAGCUCCCAGGUGAGUUCCUGCUUCAAUGGGGCUCCGAUGCUGGAUAAUGUCCAAUCUGGAUACUCUUUGAGUGGGCUACCAGGAGCAUUGCAUCCUGAUCUUCUUGACCCUCGGGAACCCGUUCCCAUCCCGAGAGCCGCUGCUACGGUCUGGUUUGAAGGUCAGCUACUAGAGAUGCAGGACUUUUCCUUGAGCCGCACCUUCGAAGGCUGGUCAAGCUAUGACCCGUACCACGGCAUCGGUCAAGGCGCGUAA